CAGAUCCUCACCCUUUGCACGCCAGCAAACCCCAGCAAGACAUCCACCUGCAAGGCUGGAAACUUCCAUCCUACUUUUGCCUGGCUGCUGAGUUCCUUCCCCCUUCCAUAAGCAAGCAAUGUAAGAAAGCGCAGCAAAAACCAAAAUAAACUCCUACCCCCUCUUUCCUCCUCCUCCGCCUCCUCCUCCCACCACCGGCGCUUUUUUCAAAAGAAAAAGAAAAGGAACGGAAAAAAUGUCGGUGUCGUGCGGGCUGGAGUGCGUGGUGUGCUUCGGGUGCACGCGGUGGGCGUGGAAGCGGCUGACUUACAUCGGCGCCUACGACAGCGAGACGUGGCCGGCGGCGACCCCGGAGGAGUUCGAGCCGAUCCCCCGCAUCUGCCGCGUGAUCCUCGCCGUCUACGAGGACGACCUCUCCCGCCCCCGCUUCCCGCCCCCCGGCGGCUACCGCCGCAUGGACCCCACCUGCGUCGUCAAGCGGGCCACCUACGACGACACCGGCCCCAACUGCCCCCCCUACCUCCUCUACCUCGACCGCCCCCACCGCCAGCUCAUCCUCGCCAUCCGCGGCCUCAACCUCGCCCGCGAGAGCGACUACAAGGUCCUGCUCGACAACCGCCUCGAGCUCCUCGACGGCGGCUACGUCCACCGCGGCCUGCUCAAGGCCGCCGUCUGGAUCCUCGACCGCGAGUCCGACGCCCUGCGCCGGCAGCUGCACGACCUCGGCCCCGACCACACCCUCGUCUUCGCCGGCCACUCGCUCGGCUCCGGGAUCGCCGCGCUCAUGGCCCUCCUCGUCGUCGCCAACCCCGCCCAGUUCGGGGGGAUUCCCAGGAGCAGGGUGCGCUGCUACGCCAUCGCCCCCGCCCGCUGCAUGUCGCUGAACCUCGCCGUCAAGUACGCCGACGUCGUCAAUUCCGUCGUUCUGCAGGAUGACUUUUUGCCGAGAACGCCAACGCCUCUGGAACAUAUUUUUGGGUCUAUCUUCUGCUUGCCCUGCCUACUGUUCUUUGUUUGCAUGAGAGAUACGUUUAUUCCAGAGAAGAAAAAGCUUAGUGAUCCAAAAAGACUCUAUGCUCCCGGUCGAAUGUAUCAUAUUGUUGAGAGAAAAUUUUGCAGAUGCGGAAGGUAUCCUCCUGAGGUUAGGACAGCCAUUCCGGUAGAAGGAAGAUUUGAGCAUAUUGUGUUAUCGUGCAAUGCUACAUCUGAUCAUGGAAUUGUUUGGAUUGAACGAGAAGCAGAAAAGGCUUUAGAGCUAAUGAAAGAAAUUGCUAAGGCGACAACACCCCCACCAUAUCAAAAGAUGGAGAGGAAAGAGAGUCUUGAACAAGAGCACAGAAGUGCGCUGGAACGUGCCGACACUUUGAACAUACCACAUGUCGUGCCACCAUCACAAGAAUCCCUUGACGCUGCGGGCACCAGCUCGGGAACAGCAGCUGCUGAGAGCCAAACCGAGACGACCCCGACUUCGAAAUCGAGCGGGAGGACUAAUUGGGACGAGUUGGUGGAGAAGCUCUUCAUCAGAAGCGAUUCUGGGAGGAGUCUGGUGCUGAAGAGAGAUAUCAUUAUCGAGUGACGAGCUGCAGAGGAAUUCUCCUCCGGGAAAGGUUUCUUUUGAGCCUGCUAUUGUAUGUCUUUUUUCCGUGUAUCAUCAUAGUCAAUUUUAUCAUUCUUUUUCUUAACCUGGGAAGAUAUCCAUGCCUGAUGGGUCCAUUGUUUGAUAUUUUCUGAGAUGGUAUCAUUUAUAUGAUGCAAUCGGCAAUCGAGUUGCUUUUCUUUGA